CUUGAUUUAAAUCUCGUAUGUCCCUUGCUAAUAUCCACCAUCCGCUGUUCGCCAUCCCUAAGCCCGUUUGUUUUGUAUGACAGUAAUUUAUUAUUUUACCGCGUGUCUACAUUAAUUCAAACAUAUUUUACAAAUUCAUUGUAAUUCUUUAUGAAUUCAUUUGCGUCUAACUUUAUUUCUGGGCGUGUGUGUUGUGGGAAGCCGGUCCUGUUGGUGGUGCAAUACACCACAAACUUGGUCGACCACUUGUAAUAGAAGAAGAAACACACGGAACUGACUAACAGAAACAUGUUUACUCCGUGUGUAUAACUUCAAAACUAAUGUCCAGCCUCAGGUCUGAAUUAGACUGGGGCUAUUUUCAUCACCCUGUCUGUGCCCAUUAACACGAUGGCGUCUGAUCGACAGCAAUGUGCGUGCUGCUCCCAUCCAGCCUCCUGUCCCAGUGUUCACCAGACGCUGAGUGAAAUGGAUUUUGAACGAGGUAUCUGGUCUGCUGCGAUGGAUGGGGACUUGGAGAGGGUCAAGUCCUUGAUCCAGAAAGGCACACAUCCUAACCUGAGAGACUCAGCUGGAUACACAGCUCUACAUUAUGCAAGUCGCAGCGGUCAUCUUGCCGUAUGCAAGUUUCUUCUUGAGAAUGGUGCUUGUGCAUCUCCUCAGACACCAGGCGGUGCCACACCACUCCAUCGGUCAGCUUACUGUGGUCAUCUGGAUGUGGUUAGACUCCUGCUGCACCACAGGGCAGAUCCAAUGCUGUGUGAUGACGACGGUGCGUCUCCUUUACACAAGGCUGCAGAACGGGGUCAUGAAGAGGUGUGUCAGCUGCUUCUUGAACACUGUCCAGCACUCUGCAGCCAGGAGAACAAGAGGCUCCAGCUACCCUACCAGCUGGCACCUCAGGGAGAUCUGCAGCAGCUCUUAAAACCGCCUCAAUGACAACGGACACACUGCACCUGCAGUACGCAGAGUCACUACUGACUAUGAACAGACAAAUUAUACGAGCUCAAAACAGACUUUAUAAAUAGGUGAGGUCCACUUUAAGUCCGGAUUACAUUCACCUUGACCUCACUAUAUUUGUCUGCUUUUUUCUCAACUGAACCUCAACAAAGUACCACUGAAUGUAGCCUAUUGAACAUUACAUCACCAUACUAACUAUAUAUAUCUAUGAGCUAUAACCUAUCUAUAACCUAUCUAAUCACACCAAGGUCCAGCAUCUGUUUCUGCUGCACUCUUAUCAAGUAGUUGUAAAUAAAUAAUAAUUCUGUUCUGAUUGGUCAAUGACAGCAGCCAUCUCCAGAUUCUUCUUAUCAUUGACCAUGACAAGAAAAAAACAAUACAUCAGCCUUUAUGUUAUGUUAUGAAGAGAUGGUUACAACUGAGGUGUUUCGUUGGGGUUUAAGAGCUGAGUAGUGAUAAAUACACAUAUGUGAUUGAUCAGUGGGAGGAAUUAAGUGACUAUUCCCACUUCACCAUCUGAUGUGGUGUUAGUGGUUGAAUCUAAAUGUUCAGACAUUGUAGUCACACUGAACUGUACUGCACUUUUGUUAAAUAUUUUACUGCGGGGUCCUUUGGCCUUGUGCACUCAAAUUUGUAAGUUCAAUACAAAAGCAUGCAUGAAAAUUCAUCUGCCAACAGACAAACAGCAGCUCAGUUUAAGAGACUGAAGUUUCCCUUUUAAUAUGAAAGAGCUGAAAGCAGCAGGCAAGCUGCAUCAGUUUUCAAAAGGAACACAAAAAAAUUAUUGGAUUAUCUUGAAAGGUGAUAAAAUUACAUAAAACGUGAAUUCGACACAGUGAGCCAGAAAGCACCCAAAGCUUAAGCAUAGUAAGUGAUGAUUGGUUGGAGUCAUUUGAAUGUCAGUCACAUGCUGAAUUUGUUGAGUGCACAGCAUCUGCUCUCUCUGCAGUGUUUAUGAUUGUUUGCUUUGACCAUGUGGCAAGUUUGAGAGUCAAUCAGAGUGUAUUAAAACUGGAGGCAAAAGCUG